GACAACAAGGAGCUCGGGGAGACUGCCGCCGACGCCGAGGAACUCCCAGAACAGGACGACUCGGGACGGGCGCUAAGCGACGUGGGCGAGGGCGUAGGCGCGGAUAGCGCUGACGAGGACAACGAUGAUGAGGAAGAGGAGGCCAAAGUGGACGAUGUCGAUGCGGAAGACGCAGACAGUGUGGAUCGAUUCUGUCUGAACGGUGUGACCCAAGCGUCC